ACUCUCUAAGUUGGUACAGCUGCGUGAUUCAUCUUUCAGACAGAGACGAUCUGUGCGCACGGCGCCGUGUUUACAGCGAACGCAGCAGACUGCAGACUGACCGAGGGAGACCGUGCGUGUACUUGUGCAUUAAUCUGUCUAACCACGCUGCCCGUUUGGCUAUAUAUUGGCGAAAAGCACCGAGUUGCAAAAAAAUCUUGACCAAAUCAGAUGCUUUGCAGUCCGAUAUUACUUUUGCUAUCAACGACGUCUACAACAACAAGGCGGUGUGUGUGAGCGUGUGAUGACCGGCUGAGGAGGAGGAGAAGGAGGUGGAGGAGAAGGAAGGAGGCUUCGGUCUGAAACCAGAUUUUGUCGUGGAUAUUUCCACAGAGACGUUGCGUCGUUCAGAUAACAGUGCUGUGCUUAAAUGCAGCGUGCCUUUGGAUGCCCCGCUUCACCUCGUUUCACCCCCAUUUUAAGGCUAGUCUGAACCGUUUCAUGCUUCCCGAAGACCCUGCAGCAGCAGAACAUUGAAGAUCCCCCCUCCCCCUGUUGAUAUGGAGUGUGAAGAUGUGGAUUACGAUCACCGAGGAAUCCCCGCCGCUAGUUUAGCCGCCAUGCUUUCAUUAUACACGUCAAUGCAGCGCUGUGUUUGGCAGGGAUAGAGUGAGCUAUGAAUACGCGCUGUCUGGCCAGCGGGAUAAAUCGGUGAUUUUUUGGAGCACGACUGGACUCCCGUUAGGAAACGUGAGAGAGCAGCCUCGCUAGCCUCCUGGUAGUAGCUAUUAGCUCCAUUAGCCGGCUAACAGCUACAAGGUGCUGGUUGGAGAUUUAAAAACAAAAAAAAAAAAAAAAAGGGGGUGUUUGACCGCUGUGGCCGGGUUUUGCCCACGUUUCCAUCUUCGCAACUCAUCUUCCCGCGGGAUUGUUUGGUGAAUCUCCGUGUACGGGGAUGAGGUCUCAAAUGGAAGGGAGCCGCUUGACCUUGUUUGGGGGUCUGAUGCUGGCUCUGUCCUCCUGCCUUCGGCCCGCCACCGCAGAGAUCUGCACUCCCAGUAUCGACAUCGGCAACAACAUAAGUGAAUUCAGACAACUGGAGAACUGCACAGUGGUGGAGGGCUACUUGCAGAUCCUCCUCAUAGGUGACAAAAGCAACAACAACUUCAACCAGGAAGUCUUCCGCACCCUCAGCUUCCCCAAGCUGACCAUGAUAACGGACUACCUGCUGCUGUUCAGAGUUUCAGGCCUGGACAGCCUGAGCACGCUCUUCCCUAACCUCUCCGUCAUCCGUGGCCGUAACCUCUUCUACAACUACGCCCUGGUGAUCUUUGAGAUGACCAGCCUGAAGGACAUCGGCCUGUACAACCUGAGGAACAUCACCCGGGGGGCCAUUCGCAUUGAGAAGAACCCAGAGCUCUGCUACCUGGACUCCAUAGACUGGUCCCUCAUCAUGGAUGCAGAGUUCAACAAUUACAUCGCAGGCAAUAAGCAGUCCAAAGAGUGCGGUGACGUUUGUCCAGGCAUCAUGGAAAACAAUCCCAUGUGCAAGAAGACCAUGUUCAACAACAAUUACAACUACCGCUGCUGGAAUUCCCAUCAUUGCCAAAAAGAGUGUCCUGAAAAGUGUGGAAGGCGAGUGUGCACAGCUGACGGCGAGUGCUGCCAUCCUCAGUGUCUGGGCAGCUGCUCGCUUCCGGGCGACGACACUGCAUGCGCCGCAUGUGUGCAUUACUACCACAACGGCAGAUGUGUGGCUGACUGCCCUCCAGGCACAUACAGGUUCGAGGGCUGGCGUUGCAUCAGUGCUGACUUUUGCUCUAAAGUGCACCUUCCAGACUUCGACAUCUUCGUCAUCCACGGGGGAGAAUGUAUGCCUGACUGUCCGUCUGGGUACACGCGAUCCACACCUGACAGCAUGUCGUGCACCGCCUGCGAUGGCCUGUGCGAUAAAGUUUGUGACGGGAAGGUCAUCGACUCUGUGGAUGCUGCUCAGUCUCUCAAAGGCUGCACUGUUAUCAAGGGCGACCUGCAAAUCACCAUCCGCAGAGGCCAUAACAUGGUGGCAGAGCUGGAGAGUUUCACAGGUUUGAUCCAGAGGGUGACCGGUUAUGUCCGGAUCAGACAUUCACACACCCUGAGUUCACUGGCGUUCCUCCGAAGUCUGAGAUACAUCGAUGGAGAAAGCCUUCACGAAGACACGUAUGCCUUCUCAGCAUUCGACAACCAGCAGCUCCAGUACCUUUGGGACUGGAAGCAGCACAACCUGACCAUAAAAGCGGGCAAGCUGUUCUUCCGAGCCAACCCGAAGCUGUGUACGUCCGAGAUCCGCAAGAUGUGGGAAAAGACGGGCGUCCUCGGCCGCUUUGAAGAGAGAGACUUCCGAAACAAUGGCGACAGAGCCAGCUGUGAAAGCACCAUCCUGCAGUUUACAUCCAACACCACCAGCGACAAGAGGAUCAAGCUGACAUGGCAGCGCUACCGACCUCCUGACUACAGAGACCUCAUCAGCUUUAUAGUCUACUACAAGGAGGCGCCGUUCCAGAACAUCACAGAGUUUGAAGGGCAGGAUGGUUGCGGGUCCAACAGCUGGAACAUGGUGGACGUGGAACUGAGGCCAGAUAAGGAAAAGGACCCCGGGGUUCUUCUUUCCGGCCUGAAACCCUGGACGCAAUACGCCAUCUUUGUCAAAGCUAUCACCCUCAUGGUGGAAGACAAACACAUGCCCGGCGCCAAGAGCAAAGUGGUCUACAUCCGCACCAGCCCUGCUGCGCCCUCCAUGCCUCAGGAUGUGCGGGCCUACUCUAACUCCUCCACGCAGCUGAUGGUCCGCUGGUCGCCCCCCGUCUCACCCAACGGAAAUCAGACUUACUACUGGGUGAAGUGGCAGAAACAAGCUGAAGACAAGGAGCUGUACCAGCAUAACUACUGCUCCAAAGAGCUAAAGAUCCCCAUUAGGAUUGCUGCCACGGGAGACAAAGAGGAGGAUACAAAGCCCACUAAACCAGAUCCUGAUGGAGCAGAUAAAGGUCCUUGCUGCCCCUGCCCCAAAUCGCCUGAAGCCCUGGAGGCUGAAGCUGCCGAUGCCUCCUACCGAAAAGUCUUUGAAAACUUCCUACACAACACCAUUUUUACGCCGAGGCCUCCAGAUCGGCGUCGCAGAGAUCUCUUUGGCGUCGCCAACUCCACCCGUUCUCGCCGCUUCCACCUUUACGCCAACAGCACUGCGAUUCCCCCCCCUCAGGGCGGCGGCAACGGCAGCGUCCCUGACCCAGAGCCAACCGAACAAGAGUACGAGGUCAUGGACGACAAGGUGACCAACCACGAGCUGCAGAUAACCGGCCUGGAGCCUUUCAGAGUUUACCGCAUCGACAUCCACGCCUGCAACAGGCAGGUUCAGCAGUGCAGCGCGGCCGAGUUCGUCUUCUCCAGGACCAAGCCAGCAGAAAAGGCUGAUGACAUCCCAGGCCCGGUGAGCUGGGAGGGCCAUGAGGACUGGGUGUUCCUGCGCUGGCCGGAGCCCAGCCAGCCCAAUGGUCUCAUCCUCAUGUACGAGAUCAAGUUCAAACUGGCUGCAGAGGCCGAGAAGCACGAGUGUGUUUCUAGACAGCUCUAUCGCAGCCAGCAAGGCGUUCGCCUGACUAACCUCAGUCCUGGAAACUACUCGGUCAGGGUGAGAGCCACAUCACUGGCUGGCAAUGGCUCCUGGACCCCCACCCUGAAUCUUUAUGUUUCUGAAAGUUCUGAAAGCGUCUUCGCUAUGAUCUUUGUUCCAAUCUUGACCAUCGUCCUAAUCUGCACUUUGGUGUCGGUGCUGGUGGUCUUCAACAGGAAAAGGAACAGCGAUCGGCUCGGGAACGGAGUCCUGUAUGCCUCUGUCAACCCCGAGUACUUCAGCGCAGCAGAAAUGUAUGUCCCAGAUGAGUGGGAGGUGGCCCGGGAGAAGAUUUCCCUCUGCCGGGAGCUCGGCCAGGGGUCAUUCGGGAUGGUAUACGAGGGCGUGGCCAAGGGCGUGGUCAAAGACGAACCGGAGAUCCUCGUUGCUGUAAAGACUGUAAACGAGUCGGCCAGCAUGAGGGAGCGGAUCGAGUUUCUCAACGAAGCUUCUGUUAUGAAGGAGUUCAAUUGCCAUCAUGUGGUGCGUCUUCUUGGUGUGGUCUCCCAAGGCCAGCCCACCCUGGUCAUUAUGGAGCUGAUGACCAGAGGAGACCUGAAGAGUUACCUGCGCUCCCUGCGUCCCAAAGAGCAACAGGUUUCCAGCCUGUCUCUCCCGCCGCUGAAAAAAAUGCUUCAGAUGGCGGGACAGAUCGCGGACGGCAUGGCUUACCUCAACGCCAACAAGUUUGUCCAUCGAGAUCUGGCCGCAAGAAACUGCAUGGUGGCUGAAGACUUCACCGUAAAGAUCGGAGAUUUUGGCAUGACCAGAGACAUCUAUGAGACCGAUUACUAUCGUAAAGGUGGUAAAGGUCUGCUCCCUGUCCGCUGGAUGUCACCAGAGUCUCUGAAGGACGGUGUUUUCACCACCAACUCGGACGUCUGGUCAUUCGGGGUUGUUUUGUGGGAGAUAGCCACUCUGGCAGAGCAGCCUUACCAGGGUCUGUCCAACGAGCAAGUCCUUCGCUUUGUAAUGGAGGGAGGACUGCUGGAGAAACCGCAGAACUGUCCAGACAUGCUAUUCGAGCUGAUGCGAAUGUGUUGGCAGUACAACCCUAAAAUGCGACCCUCCUUCGUUGAGAUCAUCAGCAGCAUCAAGGAUGAGCUGGACCCGUCUUUCAAAGAGGUUAGUUUCUACUACAGUGCCGACAACAAGCCCGCCGAAGCUCCACAGCUCCAUCUGGAUAAACUGGACCACUCCACGGAUGUUCCCCUGGAGCCCUCUUCGCAGCAGCAACAGCUGCAGCAGCAGAAGCCCCCGUCUCCAAGCUCAGAGGGGGCGCCUGCCCCGUCACAAGCGCCCGGCUCCCCGUCCUCUCCCUGCACGUCGAGCGCGGUCAUGGACAAGCAGCCUUCGAGCCAGCAGGCGGCCAACGGACUCUCUGGGACUGGCCAUCCCACGAGCUCGGGAGCCACAGUGCGGCCAAACCUGGACGAACUGCCGCCGUACGCGCACAUGAACGGAGGACGCAAAAACGAGCGCGCCAUGCCUCUCCCACAGUCGUCUGCCUGCUGAUUGGGCAGAAACACGUACACCGUUCACCCACGGACCCGAAGAACCACAUGUAUGGGUGGUUGUCUUUUUUUCUUCUUUCUUUGUUUGAAUCACAGUGAAGCCUUCUCAACAGGAUAUGGAUGUGGAUAUUUUGAGACUUGCAUAAAGAUGGAAAAAACUUUCAAAGAGUUAAUGUCCUGCUGUAUGGCCGCACACUUUUCUUUUUUUUUUUUUUCUUUUAAAUAAUCUAGUAUGAGUUUCUACCAGCUGGCUGUUAUUUGUGAUACCGCUCCUGCUGCUGAGUGGAAAGACCAAAAAGAAAAAAAAAAAAAGAAAAAAAAAUCUUCAGUAAAAUGAGAAAUCAUAAAAAAAAAAUAAUAAUAAUUUUGAGGGGAGUUAUUUCACUCUUUCUGUGGCUAAACUUAUUUUAUAAAUUGUUAUUUGUUUUUUUUUAUGUUUCUGAAUGAGGAAACAAAACGUGUAGGCCUUUAUGAAUAAUCAGCGUUGUUUGUGUGUGCUUUUGAACGGGCAUUAUGGUGGAAACAUUAAGCAUAUCUAAAGAUUAACAAGCACUAGAAGGAGGUCGCCAGUCGGUCGUUUCUGAAGCCGGCUGCCACGAGGGUCGAGGGUCGAGCGUCGGCAUAAUGCCGGGUCAAAAGCCAGUCCGCUGAAACAAACAAUUGGAGAACAGUCAGCUCUGCCAAAUCUGUUGCCAAACUCUUCUGCUUUCACAUUUUCUUAUCCUGUUGCUCCUCAAGAUGCAGUCGUGAAAAUGGAAGGAGAAACACAAACAAAAGCACUUUUGAUCUUCCACCACAUCGUUCAUGUAGAGGCCAGACGGACGUCAACUUUCCUCAGCCGUCCUGCUCGGUUUUUCUAGUGCUGACUGCGAUCUGCGGUUUCUCCACUCCGUCAGAUCCCUGCGUAGACUUCAGUCCCGUCAGUUUACCUGAAAUAGAGCCAGCUGCCACAAAGUGCUGUUACGUUGGGGUUUAACAGUGAAUCGCGUAGCAAAAUAUAUACGACAAAACACAAAAAAAAAGGAAAGGACUGCAGAGGAAGAGCAGUCAGGAGGAGAACAUGAACGCCAGAUCUGUACAUCUGAGUUUUCCCCAAGGUCAGAGGCAUCCUUGUUGUACACAAACAGGUAUUUUUUUACACUUGUAAAUACUUGCCAACAUUUACAUCUCUACAUGUGCAGAGCAUUUAUGUACAAACCAGUUGUUUUUUCACUUUUUCUAACUUUUAUACAGUCAAAAACUUUCAUCAUGUACAGAAAGAAGCUGCUAUUCCUUAUUUCUCUUGUGGUGUGUGUGUAUGUGUGUAUAUAUAUGUGUGUACACACACACACACACAAAUAAAGAACCUUCUUCAGGUUGGUUUUCAGCUCGGAACAUUUUCACUCCAGUUUCUUUUUUUUUUUUUUUAUGCUUGUCAUUGCUUUGUUGUUUAUGAACGGAUUUUGUUUCUGCAAUUGAGUAAGAGGUACAAUAACUUGCCUUGCAUUGAAAGACCCGUAUCUUCCUCGCAUCCCCUCUAGAGGGCAUCCAUGUUCUCUGGUCCUUUUACCAUGAGAUUCACAAGCCUGGUGUCCCAAAUAAAAUCUCAGGUGAAAGAGAAAAGCUAAAUCCUUUUCUGCUCCCCUUUUUUUUUCUUCUUUAUUUUCCUUUUUUUGUGCUGCUGUUACCCAGAGACAUCCUACCUUGUGUUUGUCGUUCUGUGUCAGAUUGUUUUAUCAGUGUGAAAGUAAUGUUUCUCGCCACAAUGAGUAACAAGAAGUUUCCUGGUCUCAAUCUUGUGGUUUGUCCUUGCCCAAGUUGUAUGCAACCAAAACUACUGACAAAAAGUAGGAAAACCUUCAAAAGUUUUAGAAUAUAGUAAAAAUAUUGUGAAUAAAGUUAUCUGAAUUUGGCAAAAAAUAAAUUAAAAAUCCUUUUUGAGGGGGAUGUAUUCAGACUCUCUUCAAGUUGGCACAUUUAUAAUUUGAGAUUUCUUGCGCGGAAACUAGCUGCCUUCUAUUUCAUCAAGCAGCAUCUAUUCAGACUCUCUUAGACUUUUAUCUGAACUAGCUUUUACCAAACAAAGGGUUUCCUAAACAUCCUUAAAACGCGUGGAUAUGUAGUCUGGCUCAGCAGAAAAACAAUUGCAUUUCCAGACUUUUGUCCAGCCCCUAUCUUGUAGUUUCUAGUUUUUCAUCUUUAGGGGGUUAAUCUGUGAAAUUAAUUGACUUUUAGUACGUUCCUGUGCACGUCAUUUAGGUUUUUCACGUCGCUGACUGAGAAGCAACUGCACUGCACUUGAGUGUAUGCAUAUAUCAAACAUCUAUAAUUCUGAAAUGUGAAUUUACAGGAACCCUAGACAUACAUUGGACUUCUUCUGACAUAAAAAUAUCAAUUUUGUGUUCAUCUCAGCAGUGGCUAAAUUGCAGCUAGCAAGGAAUAGCUUACAAUCCAAAUGUAAGCAGUUAGAGCACCUUGUAAAUGUGUCCUGUUGUGGUUAAAUGUUGCUCACAUAUUAAUACAAAAUGAAUAUUUCAUCUAAUUUUAAAAACAAGAGAUUUAAUAUUAAGAGCAUUUUUUUUUUCUUUUCCUGGAGCUAAUUGAGUUAACUGAGUAGUUUUUUUUUAGCCCUGUCUAUAUACACAAAGAUUAACUUUAGUUCACUAUAUUUAAACAUGUGAAACAGUUCAAUUACUAUUUAGUGUUUCACAGUGAAACAACUGUUUUCUUGGUGGGUUAUCUCUGGUUUGUCAGAAGUUACAUGGAAGCUAGAAAAUGAUGUGACGGCUAGAGAGCAGAUAAACAGAAUGUGCACCAAACUAUAACAUUUGCUAAUAAAGGUGGAAACUGUGUGUUACCCCUUACAUCUUUUGUUGUUUCCUACACAUUUCAAAUGAUGUAAAGUGAAUUUUUGGUUCGCCAUUUUCUGAUCAUUUCCUUCUACUUUUUGUCAGUGUUUCGGUUAAGUUAACUUGCGGUCUCUAGAAAUCAAAAAAGCCCUUUCUUUGUAUUUCUUUGUAUUCCAUUUUGACUGGAUCAUCUCACUUGCCUCUCGAUCAAAAGCUUUUUUGAAAUAUGUGGGCAUUCAAGUGUUGAAGUAGCUUCUGUUCUUUCUUUUUCAAUAUUUUGUAAACGUUUGAUGUGUUUGAAGAUUUGUGUGACUAAAUGGGACUGAAUUUGCCUGCAGCAUUCAGUUUUCUGUUGAAAUGCUUCAAUAACAUUAAGAUAUUGUGACCUAAAAGGACUGACGAGAGAAAUACACUAUGAACCCCUUUUGUUGGAGAAAACAAAAUCUUUUCUUCUCGUUUGAGCAUCAGUAAUAAAACAUUGACCUAUCUAAUUGAGGACCACACGGAAUAGUCUCAAAAGUGACAUUUUAACUCAGUUCCCAGAUGUUUUUGCUAUUUAUUUUUAUUUUUGUGAAGUGGUAAUCGCUGUACAAAUCUUCCCUCGAGUUUUCCCUCCCAUUUUUUUUCUUUUGUUUUGAUCUCAUAUUUUUAUGUUCUUUUGAUAUUCUGGGAGAAGGCUUUGUUAUUACUUCCUUCAACCAUCCAUCUACCUCACUUUUUGUUUUGUCCAAUCUAUGUACUUGUAUAAAACACAAAAUAUGUCAUCUCGGCUGUUUGAUCUCACUGGGUGCUGUGUAAAGGUCAAAUUCAAACCACAAACCAAACCAUCGUGGAAGCAGGCUAGGGCCUCCGACACAUCAGACAUUCUUUAUGCUACUACUAGAGAAUUCGAUCUUUUUAUAUGGAGAUGCUGAAUAUAUAUAUAUAUAUAUAUAUAUAUAUAUAUAUUUUUUUUUUUUUUUUUUUUUGGGGGAGCUUCGGUUGGCUAAUGGGCUCUUUUUGGGGGGUCUGUAUUUGCUGAUUCAAGUGAAACCUAGUGGAAUUCAACAUGAGGUAUGGGAUGGUUUCACUGGACCAUUUCCCUCUACAACACUACAUUGUCUUUCAUUUGUUACAUAUAUUAUUCCUGAGUUGUAGCUUCUUUCUGCCCUGUAGCUGUUCCCACUAUGAUUUGAUGACUGUAAAUUGAAGAAAUGUCUCUAUGAGAAAGCGUUUUCUCUAAAAGCAGACCUGUGCUGUAUUUUAUCAAGCUUCUUGUUCUAUCCUUUCUCAGCCAGUCUUGCUAUAAAAUACUAAUCAAUUUCUGAAAUCAGGUUUGUUUGUGGUCUGAUUUUUGCCAGAUUUUUCUUUUUUUUUUUUUCUUUUUUUACCACUGGAACACCUCAGAGGUAACAUAAAAACAGUAAAGUUUUUGUUUCUCUUCCCAACUCAUCCCUCACUUUUUUUAUAUACAUGUUACAUUGACAGUUUGUUACAUUUAUUUUAAAAUAUGUAAGUUAUUGAUAGCCUUCCAAGUCCUGGAUUUCUGUUAAAACAAUUGUUUGGACUGAUGUUUCAUUUUGGUUUUUCUUUUGUACAUGCUGUUGUAAGAUUUUUUCUUGUUAUCAAUAUAUUACUGGGAUAAAAUGAUUGGCUGAAGGAAAAGAGAAUGUCUAUUUCCUCGUUCUUUUCUUUUCUACACAAAAUUUAAGAUAAAUAAAAAAAUGUAUGCAA